AUGUUUUACGGUGGUGGCCUUUGGGGUUAUUUUAACCAAUCUUGCUUAGAUAAUUUAUUUAGCAAGAGUGAUUUUACUGUUGAGAUGCUCUUAGACGAAGAUAAUAUUAUAAACGACGUAAAGAUGAAUCAGAACAAAUUUGCAGAUUUCAUGAUUUCGCAUCCUAAGUAUUUGUAAGAUAUGAUAAAGUAUGCUAUUACUAUGCCAAGUGAAGAUGAUGAUGAUAAAAAAAAGCAUAAAUAUCCCUUCAUCUCAAGUGAGCUUCUUGGUAUUUAAAUACAAAAAUUAUAGGAAUUCCUCUUUUCCUAGAAUUAAUUGCACGAUGAUCAAAGCGAAUACUCUGAUGUCCCUACUGACGAUAAUAAAAGCUUAGAUAAAUCCGUAGAGGAAAAAAAAUCAUAAGAAACAGAUGAGAUAAAAGAUGACUCUCAUUCAAAUGAUUAGGAAUCAACUAACGAUAGCGUUAAAAAGCAAGAAGAAGCAAGCAACGAAGAAAAAGUAGAAGGCGAAAAAGAAUAAGACAAAAAUUAAGAAGCAUGUCCUAAAGAAGAGUAAAAGGAUGAAAAUAGAGGUUCAGAAAAUCACGAGGAAGUUAAAGAAGUAAAAGAAGAUGGUAGCACUGAAGAAUAAAAUUAGUUAAAGGGAGCUAUUGAAGAACAUGUUAUGGAAGAUACUCCUGAAAAUACUAAAAGUAGCAAUGAUGAGAAUAAGUAACCAGAAUCUAAAUAGAUAAAAGGAAAGGAUUUACUUAACUUGCUAUUUUCGUUCUUAGAAACUGAUGAAGAUAUUGAUAGUACUUCCGCUGGUUAUUUCAACAAAAUAGUUAUGCAUUUAAUUAGUUCAAGAGAAGGAUACUUUUGGAAAUACUUAGAGCCCAACCCAAAAAUUAUUGAUAAUAUGAUGAAGCAUUUCUAUUUAAAAAGCAUUUCUAAAAUUAUAUUUUUCUUGAUAGCUUCUGAUGGCAUAGAUCUUGAUCCUGAUAUCUUUAUUAAACAAAGAGUUCAAGUCAUCAAAUAGCUUUAUCAAAAGUUUUAAGAAUCUAAUGAUCAUGAAGUUCUUUUGAACAUUUAGGAAAUCCUAGUUUAAAUUAAUUCAACCUCUCUCAGACCUUAGAGCUUCGAAGUCAAGCGUUAAUUGUAUAAUUAAGAGCAUAUAGAUGUAUUAAUUGAGUCAAUAACAAAUCAUAAGGCAUCAUUUUCUCAAGCUUCUUUAAUCCUCUCUAGCUUCUUAGAUCAUUACCGUUAGACAAUGUUCAAUGACAAUUCUAAUGAAGACACUGAAAAUUAUUGCAGUGAUGGCCUUAACUUUGGCAGAAAGAACGAUGAAACCAUUUCUAAGGAAUUCCCACUUGAAUAUAUUUAAACAAAAACUGGUUUAUUGAUAAAGGCUCUAAUGGAAGAAAACUUCAACAUUGAAGUUCCUAAGCAUGAAACACAAUAUGGCACUGAAGUUUAACCUUUUGGUCUUAAUAGAGUCAAGCUAUUGCAUUUGAUUCUAUGUUUACUAAAAACAGAGAACUAAGUUGUUAAUGAUGCUAUUGUUUAGAAUGGAUUCUUCGAAUAUUUGCUUAAAUUGAUUAUUAAGCAUGAGUGGAACAAUAUUUUGCAUAACUAAAUCGAAUAAAUUUUUAACGAAAGCUUUAAGAUAGCAAUGAAAGACGAAAAAGUUAGAGCAGAGAUUAUUUCAGGUGCUAAAUUUUUAGAUUUUAUUGUGUAAAAUGGUAAAGACUUUAAGACUUAGCCAGGAACUAGCAAGAAGUAAAUAAACAAAGGUUAUGUUUGCAUGAUUGUUAACUUUGCCAAUCAAAUUGAAGAACAAAAAGAGAAAUUUUAAUGGUUGUAAGAUGCAGUAGACAGAACUGAAGGAUGGGCCAAUUUCGUGAAUGGGUCACUAAAAGAAACUAAUGAACUUCAUAAAAGAGAUUUAGGUAAUGAUGAUCCUAGAAAACGUAAAGAAUCUGAAGACUCCAUUCCCAAUACUGAUAUUUCUAUUAAGGAAAUUUAUAUGAAAUUCAUCAGUAUGUAUCAAAAUAAAACUGAAGAUGAGCCAAAAUUUAAUAACGACGAUGAUAAUGAUGAAUAAGAUAAUAAGAACUCAAAUUCAUCUGAAUCUCCCGAAAGCAAACCAGAAAAUGAGUAGACUGACAAUGGAUUAGACACAAUAAACUUCUGGAAAUUGAAUUUGAAUUAUAAUGUAGACACCUUAAUGAAAGAACUAUGA